AUUUGAUGGAAACCACCUGCAUUAGAAUUCUCCUCCUAAGGGAAUGUUGGUCACAAACAAUUGUGUUGACGUUUUGACAUUUUUAGGUUGGAUAUACGCAGUGGCAGCAGCAACGAAAGCCAGUGCCUCCCACAACCAAAAAGAGCGCGCCGAGAUGCCGGCCCGCCCCGAGGCGCUGCAGUUCUGGGCCGAGUCGCUAGGCGCGCCGCGGUUCGUGGUGGCGCCCAUGGUGGACGCGAGCGAGCUGGCGUGGCGGCUGCUGAGCCGGCGCCACGGGGCGCAGCUCUGCUACACGCCCAUGCUGCACAGCUCGGUGUUUGUACGCGACCCCAAGUACCGCAAGGAGGCGCUCGCGUCCUGCGUCGAGGACCGCCCGCUCAUCGCGCAGUUUUGUGGCAACGACGCGCAAGUUCUCCUGGAGGCAGCGCUCCUCGCGGAAGCCCACUGCGACGGCAUAGACAUCAACCUGGGCUGCCCGCAGGCCAUCGCCCGCAGAGGGCGCUACGGGGCGUUCCUGCAGGACGACUGGCCUCUCCUGACGGAGAUGGUGGGCACGCUGCACAAGUCGCUGUCGGUGCCGGUGACGUGCAAGAUCCGCGUGUACGAGGACGUGGCACGCACCGUGCAGUACGCGCAGAUGCUGGAGGCGGCGGGCUGCCAGAUGCUGACUGUGCACGGGCGCACGCGGGACCAGAAGGGGCCCCUCACGGGCCUGGCCAACUGGGAGCACAUCCGGGCCGUCAGGGAGAAGGUGAGCAUCCCGGUGAUCGCCAACGGCAACGUCCAGUGCCUGGCGGACGUGGCGAGGUGCCUGGACGAGACCCGCUGCCACGGGGUGAUGUCCGCCGAGGGGAACCUCUACAACCCGGCCCUGUUCGAGGGCCGGAACCCUCCGGCGUGGGAGAUGGCCCUGGAGUACCUGGACCUGGCGGACAGGCACCCCUGCCCCACCUCGUACGUCCGGGGCCACCUCUUCAAGCUGUUCCAGCACUGUCUGUCUCUCCCGGAGAACUUCGACCUGCGAGCAGAGUUGGCCACGGGCUCCGACAUGAGUGAGUUCCGUCGCACGGUGCUGCAACUCAGGGAUCGCUACUUGCCGUACCACGAAGGCGACAAGUUUUGGGCGUCGGAUACAGGCUACGAUUUGGUGCAGCCACCGUGGAUUUGUCACUCGUACGUCCGCCCGGCCCCGGAGGAACACCUCAAGAAAAUGGUUGAAAAACAGAACAGGAACGCAGAUGUGAAUCAGUUUGGGGAGGAGACUGCGGAGAAAGAGGGUCUGUGUGUACAGAACCACGGCGAAGGGCUGCUCAAGAAGCCUCGAGAAGCAACUGCAGAUUCACCUGAAAGUAAAAACUUGUCCAAGAGGAAAAUGAAAAAACUGCGCAGGCUGAAGCACAAACCAAACUCUGUGUUCCACGCACGGCGCGGCGUAGAUAAGUGCGUUGACUGUCCUAAUCCAGUGGGGUCGAAGUGCGACUACAGGCUGUGCAAGGCGUGCUGCCGGACAAAGUGCUACGUGGAGAACAAAGACUGCGCGGGGCACCGCAUCCUCGUGAAGACGAGGCGGGAGAAGGCGCGGGAGUACGCGGCGCGGGAGGGCAAGGCCCGGGAGCCGGCGGACUCCGGCGAGGACCGGGGCGAAGCGCUCCCCGCGGCGACGGAGAAGCUGGGCGAACACUGCGACCGCGCCCAGCGACGGUUGUCGCAGACCGGCGAAUGAAGGUGUUGGUAGAAUUGAUUAUCAAAAAUAAACGAACCCAGAAAAUUCGAAUUCCUGUGCCAGUUUUUUUUUAAAAGAUCAUUUUCAUAUUGCCAGACAGAAAAAAGUGAUUUUAAAUAAAUAAUUGACUGAGCUACCGAAUUUUAUAUAUUGCAGUACUUUUGUAAACUUAUGAAGUUGCAUUGCAAUAAGAAUAAUUCUCGCAAAAAAAAAAUAAAGCAAAAAUAUUUUUGUACAGUUUUAGGUUGAAUGCCUUUUAGAUUUACGGUGUUUGCUUCUUCUGUUCUGUCGACUUUUCCUUGUAUUCUAACUUGAAUAACACUUUCUGUUCUGUCAAAAAAAUUAACAAUUAUUAAUCAUUUUAAUAAAAUUCUAACACUAUGGUAUGUUCGGUGUCCAACUAAUCUGAAUUGACUUCUGAGAGUUAUUCCCGCCACCAACUGCUCGAAAUUGGACUUAAUAAAACCUGCCUUAAACUAGUUCCAAAAGAUGGCAAAUCUGCUAGGACAAGUGGUUUCAUAUAUUAACAACACUUGGCAAGAAUUCAGAAUUUCAGAUUGGCUGGUAUACGCAAUAAAUAUUUUGUUUUCAUGUUUUAAGUUUAUAAUUCAACAUUUAAAAAAUUCUGCCAUAUUAUCAAAGAUUUUUUCUUCAUUUCUAGUGUUAAAAUUUUAUUCUUCUCUUUAGCUAUAUUAUAACCAUACAAAUUUUUGAUUGUUUCACUAAGUCAAAAUGAAAGUAUUACACAGUGGUGAUAUAAGAUGGUUUUGCAACUUGUUCUGGCCAGAAUUUUCUUAGUGAAAGGGAAACUCUAAAGAAAAGUCAGGAAGUUGUAUGUAAAGUAUAAAAAUUUAAUAUCAUCUGUGAGGUUAAGUUUAAAUGCAGUAAAGGAUAAAUUUAAAUAAUUUGUGAGAUUAUGUCUCUUAAAAAUUAGAUUUUGGCAGGAUGUUAUCCCAUGAGCAAGUAUUCCGUAGUGCAUUGUUUCUUAUUGGCAAAUUUGUUAGCGGAUGCUUUAAUUUAAUUAUGUGGAUUUGUAUUUGUGUAAUAAAGUGUUAAAUUACUUAAAAGUAUUUCCAUAUCGUGGAGAUUUGCUGAGGUCCACCAAACAAGAUGUCUUCGACAUUAAAUGUGCUAGACUUCGUUGUGCUUAAAAUUGUGUUAUAAGUAGAGACCUGCAAAAUUCGCAGUUUCGAUGGCCUUCAGGAUAGACUGCACAUACCGCUGUACACUUGGGCAAAUAACGCAAGUACAUUGGCUGCCAACUUGUAAGUUGUCUCAGCUGGUUUGUCUGUGAUUCUAUCCUUCUUUGGUUGAGGGUUUAUAACUGGUUGAGAUUCGUGCAGAAGAACAGUAAGCCAAUAGCAAAAUUAUCUAAGAGGUAUAUGUGUUUGAAUUCUAGCCUAUCACCGAAUGAAUCCGCGAAUUUUGCAGGUCUCUAGUUAUAAGUAGGGACAAGAUUAUAUGGUGAAUUGCGAUAAACCGAAAUAACAACGAAAAUCAUGUCAUUGCACCAUAUAACACCAAAAUGUAAGUUAAUAUGUACACCACAAAGCACCCAAAUGCAACUAAACAUAAAAUAUCAGCAUUUUUAAAAUAAAAAACACUAAUUUCAAUCACAACAUAAACUUUAAAUAUAUAAAAUUCAAUUUAUCGUUAAGUUUUUACCAAAAUGUAUGUACUAAAUUGAUUGGGUAAACUUUUUUUUUGUAUGUGCAGUUGCAGCUGCUAUCACAUUUGUAACUCAUUUUUACAAUGCAAUGUUGGUACAUUUUUCGAACAGACACAAUUUUAUUUUUAUUGUUCCAAUUAGUUAGAUAUGCUUAUUACAAAUUAUUAUAUUGUAAUUAAUGUGUAGGAACAAGAUAAUACGGUGAAUUGCGAUAAAACAAAAACACACUACACAAAACAUGUCAGUACAAGUACACCAUAUAACACCAAAAUGCAUGUAAUUACACCAUUUAACAAUAAAAUGUAACUAUAAACAUGAAAACACAAUCAGCAAUUUGACAAUACAUAAAUCAAAUUACAAAGAUUUUUUUUUAAUUAUGGUAGUAAAUUCAUUGGCUGUAAUUUAUUUGACAUGAAUUUUGUACCAAAAUAUAUUCACAAAACGGAUUAGGAAAACUAAGUAUUACAUUGUUUGAUCUGGAAUAUAUUUUAUUAGUAACGUUUUUACAUUAAUGAUAGCACAUUUUUCAAACACCAAAAAAUUAGCAGAUAUAUUUUUUUGAGUAGUUCUGUUGUAGUUUUGUUAUAAAAAUCAUGACUGUAGCAGUCAAAAUGAGUCUAUUUUGAAUAACUAAGUACUAAAAAAAAAAAUUAGUUUUAUAUUUGUUGAAUAAUAAACUAUUUUCAUGAAUAAAGACAAUGUUAACAAAAAAAACAAUUACACCAAAAUCUCCAGUUGUAAAAAAAGAAAUUGACCUAAAAAUAAAAUGAUCAAAUCUUGUCCAAAUAAUGUAAAAGUGCAUCAUGCAUCAGUCCAAAUGACACUGUUUGUUCAAAUAAAUAUCAAGAAACAUUUAAGUCCAUUAUUUGUGGAAUAAUAUCUAUCUUUAUGAAAAAAGCAAAAUUAAAAUUUUUGAAAAACCCACAACGGAUGUAAAUGUAAUCGAAAAAGGAUUAAAUAUAAUUGUUGAGAAACCCCGACUAAAAGGAAGUAAAUAACAAAAUAUAAAAAUAAAAAGCAUUUUAAAAAGGGUUGAUUUGUCACGAAGUCUUAUCAUAUAAACAACUUAUUAUGACUUUUUCUUAGUGCUUCCUACCUUUAUGUACCAAUUAGUUUCUCGUAGCGAUAGACACAGCAAUAAUACCAAAAAUAGGUACUACUACUAAGAGUCACCUACCUAUUAACAUUAUGACAAACCCUAGGAUAUCCAUCAGGGCUGCCAUUCCAUGCCCCAAAAUGAAAAUUUUGAAGUUUUAUGAGUUUUUGACUAAUUAAAAUUGCAUUGGGUACAUAAAUAAAUUUAGUCUUUAAUUGAUAUAAAUUGCUGCAUCCCUACGAGACACAAAUAAGAUUAUUUAAUAAUAGGUUAAUAUGAAAUAUAUUGAUUCACAUAAUACGAAGUUUAAAAUAAUGAAUUUAAAAUGCAUGAGAUUUUGUACAUGUUUACUAUUCAAGAACGUGUAUUUCAAUACCAUCUUAGCACUUGCGGGGAUGAAAAUUUACUGUACCAAACAUUUAUACGGAAAUGUGUUUCGUGUGGUUGCUUUGCGUGGGAGACUGUACAAGUAAAUUACGUUAUGUGAAGUAACAUAUUAUUUGGGUAUUAUUUUUUUAUUCAAUUUUAAUCAAAGUAUAAUUUUUAUUGGUUUUAUUUUAUUUAUAAUUUGAUUUUUAUGAAAAAAGAAGAGAUAAAACAUGGUUUACUAGCUAUGUGCCUCCACAUAGUUUCCGAUGAUGUUCUUCUUUAUCGUCAAACCCUCAGCAGUUCAUGUACAGAAGCAGGAAGAAAAAUGUUUAUCACAGUGCCCUCUGGCGAGUUAAUACCAUAACAUCUAUCUAAGAACCAUCACCGAUGAAUCACAAACCUUUUGCAGGAAACCGUAUCUAAAUCAAUCAAAUAGUUUUGGAGAUAAAUGUGAACAUUCGUUUUUUUUGCACACUUAAACACCCUCUCACCCUAAACACAUACACACACUUUCUCUGUUCCAUCGUGGGUAAUAAACAGGAUUCAUAAAAAAAUAAAAAUAACACCAAAAUAUCCUGGUUUGUAAAUGAAAUUUGCCUAAAAAUAAAACCAUAACAUCUUGUCUCUAGACCCAUAUAACUAACAUGACAGUAUUUAAUUGAAGACUAGACAAUAAAUCUGUCAUAACAUUUGAGGUUAGUAAAUAUUCUUUUUUUUUCCAGUUGCUAAUAUUAAUGUUAAGAUGGUUUGUUGUGCCUUGUAUGCAUGAGAUUUUGUACAUGUUUACUAUUCAAGAACGUGUAUUUCAAUACCAUCUUAGCACUUGCGGGGAUGAAAAUUUACUGUACCAAACAUUUAUACGGAAAUGUGUUUCGUGUGGUUGCUUUGCGUGGGAGACUGUACAAGUAAAUUACGUUAUGUGAAGUAACAUAUUAUUUGGGUAUUAUUUUUUUAUUCAAUUUUAAUCAAAGUAUAAUUUUUAUUGGUUUUAUUUUAUUUAUAAUUUGAUUUUUAUGAAAAAAGAAGAGAUAAAACAUGGUUUACUAGCUAUGUGCCUCCACAUAGUUUCCGAUGAUGUUCUUCUUUAUCGUCAAACCCUCAGCAGUUCAUGUACAGAAGCAGGAAGAAAAAUGUUUAUCACAGUGCCCUCUGGCGAGUUAAUACCAUAACAUCUAUCUAAGAACCAUCACCGAUGAAUCACAAACCUUUUGCAGGAAACCGUAUCUAAAUCAAUCAAAUAGUUUUGGAGAUAAAUGUGAACAUUCGUUUUUUUUGCACACUUAAACACCCUCUCACCCUAAACACAUACACACACUUUCUCUGUUCCAUCGUGGGUAAUAAACAGGAUUCAUAAAAAAAUAAAAAUAACACCAAAAUAUCCUGGUUUGUAAAUGAAAUUUGCCUAAAAAUAAAACCAUAACAUCUUGUCUCUAGACCCAUAUAACUAACAUGACAGUAUUUAAUUGAAGACUAGACAAUAAAUCUGUCAUAACAUUUGAGGUUAGUAAAUAUUCUUUUUUUUUCCAGUUGCUAAUAUUAAUGUUAAGAUGGUUUGUUGUGCCUUGUAUGCUAUGCAUGUGCCAUAUGUUAAAACUUUUAUAAUUACAAUUUUUUUUCUUCAAAACAUAAAAUUGGUCGCCUGGCAAUGAACGUCAUACAAAAAAAUAUUAAAAUAAGGCAUAUGCUUUAAGUGUAAAUAGUUGGUAGUACUUUGCUAGCCAUGGUGGUACGCCAGCAGCAAGACAGCUUUGUGUGCCGAGAAAACUUCACGUCCCAAUCAAGGUGAAGCUGCAGUAGCAACUUGUUUUGAAUGUGAAGGAAGUGCAGUGCCCCCAUGCCAGGGAGCAUGCUGCCCUCCCCUACCUCGCGGCAUGACUGCACGUACAGGUGGCGGGGCUGUGCCUGUAGAGGUAGUGCAUCGCGGCAGGGAACUGAACUGCACACGGAGAACCGUAUCCCACCAUUACGCUGCCGUAGCAGCCUGUUUUACCUGAAUAUACGACAAAACCUCACCUUGCCUCUUGACAUUUAAUUAAUUUGUUGAAACGAUUACCUUUUCAGUUAAAAAGUUACAAGAAAAAUUUAUGUUACAAAUUAGGUGAUAUCAUUCAGUCAUUUGUACAAUGUAAUAGUACUGAGAUAUCGUAAUGUAUGUAGUACCAUAUUCACCCAAAUGCAAGAUGAGGCCCAUUGAUAUUAAACCAGCUUUACAGCUGAUGCAGGUCAAGUGUGAUGUUAAUAUUCCGUGCCUGCUCAUGAAAGAUUUUCAAAUAGCACUUGUAGUCAACACUCGGCUCUGGAUUUUUUUCUUUGAAAAGUUGCCACACAAUUCUUACGCUCAGAUUUGAGUUUAAGUACUUGUAAGACCUAUUGGUGUGAUGGGCUUCUUUCUGGAGAAAAAAGGCUAUAUGGUCAUCAAAAGCCUUUAUGAUAUAUCCUGGUUUAGCGUACCCCGGAGACUUUUUUUUCCUUUGUAAGUCUCUUGGUGACUUUCCUUUUGACAGUAGUUUACAUAGUCUUUUGAUACGUUUAGAAGAUAUGCCAUGGACAGAAAGAAACACAAGUUUACAUACCUUUACUUUUCCACUAGACGUAAACACAGAAUAUGUAAAAGAAUACGACUUUACUUCUUAUUGUUUUACCAUUGUCCGAUUUACGCCUUUUUCUUUCCAUCGACUUGCACUCAAUCGAUGACUGACAAUAUGCAUCGUGUUUGUUUUUGGUAUUGAAACCUAUGAACUUGGCAUAUGUUUCAGUUUCUUUGUCCUCUGUAACAUUCUUCAGGAUACAUUUCAAUCUGCACCUAAAAGAGACAAACAACAUUAGAUCAAAAUAAAUUACAGCCGUCAAAAUAUUAAAAAGUUACGUUAAAAGUGAUAAAGUAGUAGAGAAUUUGAAUAUGUAGGCUUAGGUUAAACAAAACUUCCUCAAAAUUAUUUCUCAGUGUUUAAAAUAAUUUAAAGUUUUCAACAAGUUAAGCUUUCUAUUUACAAGCAUAGCAAACAAAUUAGGCUAUAAUAUGUUUUUAGGUUAACUUACCUGCAAUUGAAUCUGGGUUCUUUUGGUUUUACUGUGUUUCCUUUCCAAUUUUAAUAUUAUUAAUUCUUCACUCAUGACAUUUUUAUUCUUUCACACUUAUAUCCAACAUGCUUCUGUCCUUUUCUACAUUUUAAACUUGUAGAAUUACUAAUGUAAUAUUACUUUCAAUUGAACUCAUUUUUACUCAGAAACAAACCGUAACAAGAACAAACAACAAACUGAACACAUUUACAGCUGUCUUAAUAUAGGUUAGUAUAGAAUAUGGAGGAGCAUUUCUGCCACCAGCUACAAAUUAUAAGUCAUUUGAGAAACAACACAUUUCCAGGAGAAGUGGUGUUUCUCAAAUGAACGAAUGUUUGAACAUCUCGUAUCACUGUGUUUAAGUAUUGGAGAUGUGUUUUUAUAUAUUGGAUUUGCCUUGCCUUCACUAAAAUUUUUUUUUAUGUCUAACUGAAUUUCAACAAAAAAUGGACAUGAGGUGUUUCUCAAAUGACUGAUUCAAUUGUAUGCUUUCAUUGCUAAACAGUUUUCUACCUGGUCAGGAUCAGAGAACAUAUUUCAAACCAAUUUUUGUACUUGUAACAGACUAAAAAAAUAGCAUUUUAAUAUUGCAUACACAAAAAAAAGCAGAAAACCUAUGCACCUAAUCGGUCACAAUUAUAAUUUAAGUAGACAAGAUAAAUAUAUGUGCUUGCAUAUAAUAUGUUUCUCGCUACAUGAUGAUAAGGUAUAGCUGGGUUUGUCGUAUAUUUGUCAGGUAAAUACGGUAUUUAAACAUAACAAAUUUCCCAGAUGUCUUAAUAUUUAUCAUUACAUACAUAUGUGUGCUUGUAUUUUUAUAGUGUUCUUGGAUACUUGACCAUAUGCUGGGUUUAAGGAUUCUCUCAGGCACAUGAACCUGCCUUUGUACAGUAUUUUGCUUUUUUGUAUACAUAUGUAUAAUACUUGUGUAUGUAAUUUUUUCAUCAUGUUAUUUUAUACUUUUAAUGGAAAAUAUAACUAAGAUGGUGCUUAACCUGUUUUAUUAUCCAAUGGAAUAGGGUGCUUUUACUAAAUAUCGGUAGGUGAUUUUAAUACUUUUGAACCAAAUUGCACCAUAGAGAUAAUAGACAAAAACACUAAAUAAAUUUGGCACAAAAUGUGGUGGUUUCUAAAUUGUUGUACAUUGUCCCUUUAAAGAUAUCACUUUUAUUAGCAUG